UACCUUCCCGGGGCAUAGCUCUCUCCUCCCUCUCUCACACUCUUACUCCGACUCUCCUAGCGUCACUACCACGUGUUGAAGAGUCUCUCACAGGUCGCGCAGUAGUGGUCGUCGCGUCGUCUGGGCAACAGCAAGGCGGUGUCAUGGCGGAGGCGCAGCGGCGGCGGCGUUUGGCCACCCUGGAGGAGUACCUGUCCUCAAUGGCGGCGGGCAACCCGGCGUGGCGGCAGAAGGCGGUGCAGAAGAACGAUACCUUUAUUGGCCGCCUGGAGAGGGAGGACGGCCGCGGCAGGAGUGAAGGCGUGCAGUGCCGCCCCUCCCCUCCCCAGGCCCCUGAUUCUGGGGCACCAGCACCCCCUGUACAGCUGCUGUGGUCCCCUGAGGAGGGCCGCCACCUGGUGGCCUCGCGGGACAUCGCCGCAGGGGAGGAGAUAUUUCGUGAGCCGCCGCUGGUGCUCACCCCUCGUCCUUACGCCGAGCCGGUCUGUCUGGCCUGCCUGGCGCCCCUUAAGGCAGACUGGUCGGGAUGCGGGGGAUGCGGCGCUCCUUUGUGUUCGCCUCCCUGCGACGGGGAGCUGCACGGUGCGGCGGAGUGCUGCCUGAUGGCUGGUCUGGGCCUGCAGCAGGAUCGAGGCCAGCUACUGCUUCUGAACCAGUUGCUGACCACCACCAGGACGCUAUUGCUCCUCCAGGAGGCGCCGCAGGCUGGCCACAUCGUGGAGGCGAUGCAGAGCAACACAGAAAAGCGGCGGCGUUCAGGCGUGGCGCAGGCCAUGGAGAAGCGCGUGAUGGAGGGCUUGAAGCGGCUGGGCAUGAAGGAAGAGGAGGGCGUGGUGCGGCACAUCUGUGGCGUGUUCGACACCAACGCCUUUGUCGUGGACGGCGGGCGAGCCUUGCUACCCCUCGCCGCCCUAAUGAACCACCACUGCGGCGCCAACACGCAGCACUGGUUCCACCGCGGCAUGCUGGUGGUGCGCGCCGCGCGGAGCAUCCCUAAGGGCGAGGCCCUCACCAACACCUACACGCCGGUGCUGUGGGGCAACCGUGCGCGCGCCGCCUACCUGGCCUCCUCUAAGCUGUUCACGUGCCGGUGUGAGCGGUGCCUUGACCCUCGCGAGCUGGGCUCCCACCUCAGCUCCGUCAGAUGCCGCCAGUGCCAGGGUGGCGUCCUGACGCCUCCCUCUUCCCCUGCCGAGACAGUCUGGCGGUGUGAAGGCUGUGGGGAGAGCGUAGCGGCGGCGGCGGUGGAGGCAAUGGUGCGCGCCGCGGCGACCAUGGCCAAGGGAGCCGUGGGGGAUCCGGCGGAGCUGCUGGCCGUGACAUGCCAGUUGAGCCGCCUGGUGGGGGAACGGCACUACGUGACGGUGGGCGCCAAGUACGCCCUUAUAGAGGCCAUCAUGGCAGGGCGGCUCCAGGAUGUGCCUGGCGCUGACCUCCGUCGCGUGGUUGACCUGUGCGGUGAUCUGCUGCAUAUCGCUGACCUCCUUGACCCCGGCCUUUCCAGAUUAAGAGGUGUGUUACUAUUGGAGCAGGUGAGGGCAGCUGCUGAACUGCUAAGGAGACAAACUGCUGGUGACUUUUCUGCUGUAUCUUCUGUCACUGAUAAUGAAGAAGAUGCUACUAUUACUGCUACUUCUAUUGCCUGUGAUUUUACGUGUGAUGAAAAAGUGCCAAGUCAGUUAAGCCUCAUACAGUUUUCCUUGUAAGUAGUUUCCAUUAGUUAUUUUCCAUUCAUCUUUUUAUAUAGAUUCCCUUUACAAAUAUUUUAUCUUUGCAGUUAUUUUCCCGUCUUCCCUUUCCAUUUUAGACUUCUGUAUUUUUGUCCUCUUUCCCCUCUCCUAGUUGAUACCCGUUAUAGUUUUAUUUUUUUCUUUUCUUUCUUUUUUUCCCUUCCCAAGAAACUGAAGACGGCGGCGACGGAGAGCGAGAACAUCUUACAGUAUGAUCCUCGCCUCCCUCACGCUCAGGAAGUCCUUCGUUUCCUGCAGGACCUUCAGGCUGAGGGGAAAGCUGAAAAUGAGGAGGAGGAAGCGAAGGUGAAGGAGGACGGGAAGGAAGGCUCUCAUUAAAGCUAGUACAGAAAUUACUUUACUCCUGAAGAAAGAAAGAAAGAAGAAAAGUUAGAUUAAAGGUCGUCCAUUCAUUUUUCAUCGGGUUGAAAUGAAUCGAUCUGGCAACUUGAUAUUUUUCCACCUUUUGUAGUUUUCUAUGCAAUCAUUCACUAAUUCAGUCAUUCAUUUGUUCAUGCGCUCGUUUUUAGACAAGUUACUAUUUAUUAGUAGGUAUGCAUUUUUGUGUGUCUUUUCUUUUUUUUUCAAGGUUCAGUAAUUUUCACCUGUAAUAUUGCAUUCACUCACUCACUCACUCACUCGCGUAUUCUUGUUAGUUACUCAUAGUUCCUUCUCUUCUUUUUAAUUAACCCCAAUUCAGUCUUUCUUCCAGGUUUUUAUUAUUUUCUUUCCAUUUGGAUUCCACAAGUAUUCUUUUGUGUCACGGUUUUUCGCUUUGAUUUUUCCUCUAAUUCCUUUUCAUUUUACGGCCGAGUGACAUUUAACUUCAUUUCACCUUUAUUUUCCUUUUCUACAAAGUCGGGAACUGCUUUGUGAUCCUGUUAAAUUGGCGGACUGACAGAGUUGGUUCAUCGUCCCGCCUUUUAUCUUAGCUUAGGAUUUGGCGGUAAUGAAGCAAGCUUAAGUUUCCAUGUAAAGGAUUAGAGAUUUAGUAGUCCCGUGUGCCAGCAGGUAUGUAUUCUUAACUCAGUUGUUUUAUUCUCGAUAUUAUCUUCCACCGUGUAGUAGUUAUUAUAUUGUUUUUGGGUUUGGUUUUCUUUUGUUCAGUUUACGAGUUAAUAAAUUGCUAUCCCAGC